AUGCUCUACCUCUGCCCUGCUCUGCCCCUACCCUGCUUUGUCCUGCUCGGCCCUGGCCUGCUCUUCCCUGGCCUGCUCUGCCCCAUACCCUGCCCUGUCCUGCUCUGCCCAUACCCUGCUUUGUCCUGCUCUGCUCUACCCGCCUCCCUGUCCUGCUCUACCCAUUCCCCUGUCCUGCUCUACUCAUACCCCUACCCUGCUCAGUCCUGCUCUACCCAUACCCCUGAUCUGCCCUGCUCUACCGUCCCCCGGCCUGUCCUGCUCUAUCCGUCACCCUGUCCUGCUCUACCCACAGCCUCGCUCUACCCUACCCGUCCCCCUGCUACCCCAACCCACAUAUUCCUCCCCUACCCUCUUCUCCCCCUUGGUUCCCCUCUUGCUGAGCACUCCCCUCUCCCCCCCGUGCCACCUUAUCCGAUAAGCAAUGCUCUGUUAUCUCCACUCAAGGCGCCCGGUUUUGAUAUGGCACGGUACCACCACGACACGGUACCGCCACGACACGGUACCGCCACGACACGGUACCGCCACGACACGGUACCCCCACGACACGGUACCGCCACGACACGGUACCGCUUCACAUGUUCGGCGGGCGCCGUGCGUGUCGCCGCAUACAACAGCGGGGCGCCGAGGAUAUCACUUCACCCUUAUCCCGCUAGUGGAUAUCUCUUCACCCCCAUCCCUAUAGAGGAUAUCGCUUCACCCCUCAUCCCACUAUGGGAUAUCUCUUCACCCCUCAUCCCGCUAAGGGAUAUCGCUUCACCCCUCAUCCCGCUAUGGGAUAUCUCUUCACCCCUCAUCCCGCUAGUGGAUUUCGCUUCAUAUCCCGCUAGUGGAUAUCGCUUCACCCCUCAUCCCGCUAAGGCAUAUCUCUUCACCCCUCAUCCCGCUAGUGGAUAUCGCUUCACCCCUCAUCCCCUUAAGGGAUAUCGCUUCACCCCUCAUCCCCCUAAGGGAUAUCGCUUCACCCCUCCCUCUAUAAAUGAGGCAUCCGUCGCCAUGGCGGAAGUCAUCAAUUUCCUACCAUUAAAUUUCUUCAAGGGAUUCCAUCCUUUAUAA